AUGUGUGUGCACAACACACAUGCAACACCUUGGGGUAAAGACGCCAGGUUCAGCAGGUUCUUGGAGGGAUCUUGGGCACAUGGAAGGGGCAGCGGCCUUGUACCAGUGUGCCCAGAGCAGGCACAAAGACCAGUCCCGCAGACUCCAGGCUUACCAGUUGCUGCCCUCCUCACUGCUCAGGGCCUGCUGCAGAGGAGUGGAACCUCCCACCUGGAGGUGUUCAGAGAGGGGCAUCCGGGCUGCGGAUGUGGCCACCUUCUCCAGAAGAUACCCCCACACACAACGGCCCUAACCACCUACGCUCUGGGAAUCCUGAGCGCUGCUGCCUCCCAACCGGGUGCGCAGCAGGGAUGUCACAGAGGCGGCGACAUCACAGACGCCGCGUCCCCACCAUCUCCACCGCCCCUACGGCCCCCAACCAAAGAGCGCGCUGGAGGCGGAGGGGCAGCAGCCACCAGCCCGCUCCCCGCCUCCCCGACAGAGCCUCGGGGUGACUUAAACCAACACCAGUUCCAGCCACCGGUACAAGAGGAAGAUGAGCUGGAGGCAGGUAUCUUGGAAGAGGCAGGUGUGGGGGAGGAACUGGAAAAAGAAUUGCUAGAGCUGGAGCCUGGCCACGAAGCCGACCUGGACCUGGACCCAGAACUAGAGCUGGAGAUGGAACCGGAGCCCGAGGCAUUGCUGCAGUCGGCGCUGUGCCCGGUACCCAUGCUCAAGCCUGAGGCCGAGCUGGACAUGAGGCCCAACUUGGAGUCCCACAGUGAAGACCCUAGGCAACAGGGGUACAGGAUAGAGUCCCUCCACCCAUACACGGAGGGGCUAACGCAGCAGGACAUCAGCCGGUGGAGUUUGAGGUCAGACUUCAGCUACCCGAGCUCCACAGAGGAGGACAAGGUGUGCACCGACCAACGCUCCAUCUGCGUGCAGACCUCCAAGCACCUCUUCUGGGCAGACAAGGUCAUCCAGGCCUCAGAAAACAGCCUGCAACGGGCAUUCAGCAUGCAGCCUAGCAAGAGGAGCACAGAUGAGACCACCAGCCGCCGGAACCAGGAGUCGGUCCCCAAGGACACCCUGUGCUCCAAGAAGCAGCUCCAGAACCCCAGCGCCCAGCCAGCUCUUCCAGCCGUGGGCCCCCAGCAGCCGCCAAGCCCUGGCCUGUCCUCCUCCAGUCUCCCGUCCGCCCUUGGCCUGGCAGAGCUGAUCAACUUCGCAUCUUCCCUGGCCUUGGCCUCCUCCAGCAAGAUAGACUUGCCCAGCUUGGAGCACAUGAUCAAAGCUCCACCCCAGAAGGCCGUGGAGCCUUCCACAGAGCCCGCCGUGGGUCAUGCCGCCCAACUGACCAUGCACAAGCCAGAGGGGGAAGCGCUCACCAAGGAGCUGCUGGAGAAACCACCUGAAGCCAGGGAACCCCAGAAAGCUUCGAAGCAGGAAGGCAAGAACUUCCCUCACCCUUACUUUGACUUCAGCAAGCCAGGGGUCAAGAGGGCCACCAUCGAAGGGGAAGUGAAUCUUCUCCAGCACCCGGCCAUGUCCCCUACAUCGCAAGAAGCUGUGAAAGACUCAGUGCCGGGAACCAAGAAAGGGAGUCCAUUAUUGCUGAAAAUCCAUUUUAAGCUGUCAUCCCCCACUUCCCCAGAGAAAUGA